AUGCAGGACCACAGAGACUGUGAGUUCAACCUCAGAUGCCUCAAUGCAAAGUACCAGGACUUGAGGGCAGCGCGGCUGGAGGACAUACUCAGAUACACCGAAACUAUCGACUCCUUGCAGAAACAACUAAAGGAAAAAGAGGAAACCUGGACAAAGGAUCUCCAUAAAAAACAAAAGCAAAAUGAGAUUGCAAAAAACAACACCAAACAGCUUGAACUUGAGAAGCUUGAGUUAGGGAGGCAGGUCCUUACAUGGAAAAAUGAAAAGACACGGAUACAAAAACUAUAUGACCAGCAGGAAGCCCUUUCAAAGAGAAUUCUUAAGCAGAAGCUGGAGAAGCAAAAACUAGAGAUGGAGGAUGAAUUCAAAGAGGAGAGAAAAAAGCAUGAGGCCAUAGUGAAGAAGAAUGUCCAGGACCUUAUGGAUAACGAGAAGAUGAUAAAGUCUUUACAAGAAAAGCUUCAGACCUCUGAAAAGAAAGUGGAAAAGCUGGAACGCCUUCUCGAAAACCAGGUGACAGAGGAUAUGAAGAGGAUCGUGGCCCACAAUAAAGAGGUUGGAGAAUUAAAGGAAAAAUAUGCCAUACUCGAUAAAAAAUAUACAGAUGCUGAAGAAGAACUGAUUAAAUUAAAUGAAGUGGCGCUGGAGGCUAAACUCCUGAAGGAACAGAGAGAUUUUUUCAAAUGUAAAGCAUCUCAGGAAAGCAAAAAACUGGAUGAGGCCAAAAACACCAUUGAAAAACAAGGCGAGGAGAUUAAAAAUCACAAAGAGGCCACAGGAAUAUUAAAGACAGCUAACUACAACUUAUAUCAGAAACAGUUCCAUGGAGGCAUGGAGACUAUGUUAUUAAGGGAUGCUGACAGAAAACUUAAAGGAGAGAACAAGGAACUAUUGGAGAUGACACGAGAGAAGGGGUUCCAGAUAAAACGCCUUGAACGGGAAAAAAGGGAGCUGACACAGAAAAACACGGCACUGGACCUUGCUAAUAAAGCCAAAGAGUCAGAGGUAGACAAGCUAAAGAAUACAGUCCAAUCACUUCAGACCUUUGUGGAGCGUUUUAAAUAUGACAUCAACGCAUGCAAACCUGACUUGCAAAAUCCUAAAAAUCUGAAGGACAGAGUCAUAAAUAUGCACAAAAAAUACAUCGGUGCAGAGAACAAACCACAGGUCGACAUUCAGAUAAAUGCUGAGAACAACCCUGCAAGAGGGUUCCGCCCCUUUUGGGGAAAAAAUAACAAAGUAUCACCUGUGUGA